GAGUGAAAGAUUUGUUGACCAAGCGGCAGGCAGGAGUACCAUGGCGAUGCGAGCGAUGGCGUCGAUGGCCUCUGCGCACCUCAAGCAUGGCAGCCCCGUGUACGGGCAGGCGUACCGCCGCUACCACUACGACAAGGGUACGGCGAAGGACAUGAUGACCAAGAGCUGCUACUACGGCGUCAACUUUAUCAUUGACCAGAACGCGACGGUCUUUGAGGCGAUCACGCGCAUGGCCGGCAUCAACCUCGGGUGCUUGGCCGUCUCGGACGGCAACAACCAGUUUGUCGGCGUUGUAAGCGAGCGCGACUACCUCAAGAAGGUCGAGCUGCAAGGGCUCACGGCCAAAGAGACGCUGGUCGCGGAGAUCAUGACGCACAAGGGUCGGCUCGUGAACGCGAGAGAGCACGAGACGCCGUCCGAGCUCAUGACCAAGAUGCUCAACAGCGACGUGCGCCAUUUGCCCGUCGUCGACAAGAACGGCGACAUCAUUGGCAUGCUCUCGAUCAAGGACAUUGUCCGCGAGGUGAACCGCGAGGUCGAGGCCGACUUUGACACGCUCACGAGCUUCUCGCUCGGGAAGGGAGGCCACUUUGUCUUGGACUAAUCGCCUUGUAAGGACUACAAUCCUAUUACCUCUUUGCGU